GCGUCUGCAGGUGGAUUUAGCAACGUACGGUUCCAAGACGAGCCCCAACUUGUGUCUUCGCGGCGGCCAAUUAAUAGCCGUCCGGCGGGCCGCAUCCGUCGGUGUCAACCGGUCGUGUUUAUUUGCGGGCGUUUUCUUUUGGCGGUUUUUCGGCAUCUCGCUUCGAUGCGUUGACCCUCGGCGGACGAGAUCCGCAGAGCGAGCAGCGCCUCAGGAUGCCUCGGGAGCGCAAGGGGGCGAAUAAAUUCAAGGACGCUGACCUCGACGGCUCGGGUGACAUGAAGCUGCAGCCGGAGAGCCCCUCCACCAAGAAGCGUCGCACGCCGGCGACUCAGGCGAGCCCGUCCGUACCCGACUUGGUUCCGCCGCCCCCGAUGACGGGCUACGGCGAGACGAUCGUGGCGUCCAAUCCUUUCGACGACUCCGUCACGUCGCAGCAACAAAGCCACCUGCACCGGCGACCGCCGCCGCCUCAGCACGCGAUGCUGCACCCCAACGUCUCGCAGGCCCAGAUGCCGCCCUCCGGCGGGCCGGGGAUGCCGCCGUCGGCGGCUAUGCACCCGAAGCCGAUGCCCGUGUCUUCGGGCAAGGUCUACCCUCCCGACCAGCCGAUGGUGUUCAACCCGCAGAACCCGAACGCGCCGCCCAUAUACCCGUGCGGCGUGUGCCACAAGGAGGUGCACGACAAUGACCAGGCUAUCUUGUGCGAGAGCGGGUGCAACUUUUGGUUCCACCGCAUCUGCACGGGCCUCACGGACGCCGCGUUUCACCUGCUCACGCAGGAAGUCUACGCCGAGUGGGUGUGCGACCGGUGUCUCUCGUCCAAGAGCAUACCGCUCGUCAAGUUCAAGCCGUGAAGUGUAGCGCGCGCGUCCUUGUUGUCGCACGUAGUGCGACAGCGAAAGCCGCCUACUCAGUGUGAUUUGUAAUGACACCGCAUUUCAGGUUGCACGUAGAGCUCUGUGUGUUACCGUGGCCGUAAACGCGAGAGGCCGGACAGGUGGGGCCAUCUGGAGGCGCAAAGGCGAUGCAGGCAAGCACGGAAUUGUUCUAGCAGAAACCUUGUGUGUUCUUCUUCUCUGUUGCUUUAAAUUAUCCGCGGAGCCGUAAUUCACGCGGCUGUAAUUAUGGUGGUUCCAAGCGUCGCAAGAUAUCCGUGCUCUUGUCAGAUAACCCGUUAUUCUGCAAACACCUUUGCACAUUCUGGAACGCUGUACACGCUAAAACUCUCUACGAGAAAAUUUAGCCUAGGGUGCACGAAGCGUUGUACUAGCGUUUGCCACCACUGCACGUGCAUUAUAAGGUAACUUUUUGGGUAUGCACGUUAUAAUUUAAAAAAUAGCGCACAUACCCAAAGCAGCACAGGCAUAAGAACCCAAUCCUUAAACUAUAUUGAACUCUGUGCAUAUCCAAGGAACACAAAGCCUGCACAUGCCAUUUUAAGUGUGCCUAAUGUAUGUUAGUCAAUGCAAAUUUUAUUGAAACAUUCUGACUGCAACAUUAUUUUGGACAUGUUUCUGCCAGCUUCUUUUAAACAAGCCACUUUUGGUCAAUGUCUAUUUUUCCCGAUUUAAAGAAGGAUAUGAUCUGGAUUAUUGAUUGCUCGGAUAUUAUCUAAAAACGUCCAAAGGAGACAAAUGUACUCGUUUUCAAAGUAGACAUUAUACGGUGAACCCUAUCAGCCAUGCUUGAAUCACAGGGCUGUUGACCCAGCUUUGCUAACAGUAUGCCUGAUUGACUACUUUCAGCUUAAUCUUUUUUGUGGAAUACGGUGUCAAAUUCAGUGAGAUCCGGUGUUAUAGCCUAAAUGGUGCACGUCAUUUUUUCAUAAUAUCUUUCUGUUGCUGAUCUUGCAAAUAGAAUUCUUUAUUGUGCAGCAACCAUCGACUUACAGUAAUUAAAAGUGCACCCGUCAUUGCUUUGCAAACAAGUAAUUUUGAAAAUUAAAGUGAAAUUUUGCGACCACUGUUUAUGGCAUCUACACCAUUCUGAGCUUGAUACAGUCAACCUAUAUCUUUGUUGCUUAAAUCUAUAGGCAAUCAACAUUUUCCAGCUUACAUGAUGGCAAGAGACACUUAGGAUUGAAUGUUUUUAUUGCUUAUGACAGGUCUGGAGUUCAGAAUUCAAAGCUGCUUGUGCAGCAUGUGUCCGACGCCUGUUAAAGAACUCCAUGUGGUUUAGAUAGGUCAAGAGCCAUGCAAGUAAUAGCUGUGUUCAGUCAUUGGAACUUAAAGUGUCGCUAAUUGUUUGAUGAUGGUUGUGUGAUUUUGCAAACAAGUUUUGCGAAAAGAAGCUAUGGUAUGCAAACUUGCACAGUUCUUCAAUCAUACAAGUUGCGAAACUCGCCAUGGGCCCCAAGUGUCAAAAUCUGGGCAUGCAGUGGACCAACUCUCGGGCUUCUGCUGAUUUUCAGCUCAUCUGUUGACCAGAAAAUUAACUGCUUACUACGAUGUCAGCACUGUUUACGGCAUAGAGCAGCUUGCGAGAAGCGCUCGUGGGGGAUGGUGCCAUGGCACUUUAGUAUUUCAGAUUGCUGCUUCCAGAUGGCAUGACAAUCUGCAGGUUUCUUUGUAGUGAACCUAAACAACAGGAAGAAAUGAAGGCACAUGUAGACAGACAGCGCUAUUCAGGAGACUUACUGAAAUGAGCUACCAACAAGCUUGCAUCACAUCUCUCGUGAAUCUGCAGGCCCCUGCAUAAGCGGCCACGGGACUGCCAAGAUUUAGGAAUGCAGCUUUGCUACUCGUAUGAUUGGAUAACUUAGAAAACACAGACACAAGAAAAGAGAUCAAGGCAAUACAAACAAUGCCUUUUUGUUAGGAUGAAUCCUUACCAAGUAGCUGAGUGUUGUGUUGUGUGGCUUGCUAACUGUUAGCAAAGUAACCACCCAACAUUCAAAGUUGAAGAUGUGGGAAAACUUGUAGGGUAAAUAUGCUGAGGAGUGGCAAAGCAUGGUGAACAUGCAUAAAAUGUAAUAUUGCAUAACUUGUAAAUCUGAAAUGUCUAUUAAUGAUACAACAUGCAAGAGGUAUAUGCUUAUACCGAAAAUAGUUGCUUAUUCGUUGUGACUUCCUUGGGAAGUAAAAUACUAUUAUUUCAAUGAAAAAGGAGAUUGUAGCAACUUCUGUUAGGUCAUCUAGUUUUGGCCGCCUUUCUGUAUUGUACAUAUAGUUCAUUUAUGCUUCAUAUUUCUUGUGUAUAAUGUGCAUGUUCUUAUUGUUCUUGCCCACUCAUUUAUGCUGCACUGUUGUGGCACAGUAUGCAUCCACGUUUAAAUAGUGAGCACUGUUGUUGAGCAUGCGUUACAUUUUGAUCAUGUCAUCUCUUGAUAUUUGGGCUCAUAUUUAUUACUUCCACAUUCUUUUUAUUUUCUCCCCCUUUUACUGAAACACACCUUCACUAAAAUUAAUUUUGUAAGUUAAUGUGGUAUUGAGAUUGUUUCAAUUUUGUAAGGCAAACAAGAGCCUCAUUAUAGAACAUUUGUGCCAAAACUGUUUUAUCAGCCCAUUAAUAUAGAUCUUCUACUGUUGAUAGCAUAAAGUUCAGUAAGUACCUAUUGUAAUUAAGUACAAUUGACCAAGUUAUCUACAAGCAUUGUUAACUCAAUUGUCACUCCACAUGAUAUAGUUAAGCUGUGCAAGAACAAAGACGAAUACACAUGCAUAAGGACAGAUGUAAGCUACUAAUUCAUCUUGUCAAUGAGUGUUUCUUAUCUCAGUGUUUGGCAUUUGCAACCAACAUUGCUUGCAACUAAAGAUGUAUAUAUGACCAUGCAGCUCGGGCGAAAGCGCUGCUGAUCCGUUUGCUCUGUCAGACUAAAAUUUGACGGUAAGGGCGACAGUGCCACAUGCUGUUUUACAAAAGUUGCAUUGGAGCGGCCUGCACUGCACUUGCAUUGGAACUAAUGAAACUCCUCACCAAUAGCUGUCGCACUUCUCUGUUCUGAGGCUGCAUUCUGAGAUGAUCACUUUUUGAGAUAUUGCCAUAGCACCGCUUUCAGAGUGCUUUGAAGUAGCUGUGUGAGUCAGGAACCACAGUGAUCUACAUUAUGCGAAGCAAGAUUGUCGUCGAAAGGGGUAGUUUCAGAACAUACCUUGUUGUAAAGUUUGUAUUUUUUCCUCAACUGCGGUUAAUGAAAUGCAAACAAAUGCUAUUGUGCACUAUGUAAAAGAUUGCCAGAGACUCUUGCAUUGUGAUUUCAGUGAUGAAAAGCAUCUGCACAUUGCAUUAGAGUAGUUUCUGUUACAGUUUGUUUGCACAUGUUUGUAUGUUUCAGCCAUGAUCUCAGGCUCCCAUGUACAGUUGCUGCCUUUUGCUUGUAUAAACUUAUUUCAAUGACCUAUU